UAACCAUCCUUGUUCCUUUAUGGUCUAUUAUUAUCUAUGGUGUUUUUCUUAUCUUAGAUAACUUCUAUUUUCAGGUUUCCUUCAGUUUAAAGGUAAUUUUGUACAUGGCCAAAAUAACUCAAAAUGCAGUGACAUGAGAGAAGCACUUUUCAAGAUGAAUGUGAUGUCACUUGAGUUAUUGUGUUUCAAGGACGUUUGGAAAAUAUUGAAAAGCUGGGUAGUGGGUAAUAAAAGGGAAAUUAAUCUAUUUCCUCCGUCUCGGAAAAUUCAAACAAAGAACUCGUAAGGCCCUCGUUAUUUACACAAUCUCAUGAUUCCGAUCUUGGCAUUAGUCAACGAAUCACAUGAUAUCACCUCGUGACUUUUAAUUGCUCGCCGAAAAAAUGAUCGAUCUACAGUUUAUUGAACAGCUGUAGACGGCUUUCAUUUUCCAAAAAUUUAAAAUUAGAAACACAUUAUCAGCGGAACAAUCCGUCGAAGAAUAUUCUCUCCCGCCUUUAAAUAUAAUACCGCUAUAAAAAGGAGAUUUGUCAAAUUUGUAUAUUUAACUUUUUUUAUGUCGUGUCUCAUGUCGUUGUUGCUUACUCAAUACGUUAGUCCACCAUUACAAACGUAAAUAUUAAUCGAUCAUGCAGUAAGGGCUGUAUCGCAGGUUCCGAACUAAUGCGAACAACUUGAGCACAUGCGCAGUACAAUUACGUCUUAGGGCCCAUUAUAUAACAAUUGACAUCAACACCAGCGUUUACACCGAUCUUGCAUCUGUAAACUAUAACUUCCCGGCCAUUGCUGAUUUUAAUAAGUCGUUUGCUAGUAGUUUGACACGCGUUUAUUUUCAUUUGUAUGCGAAUUUUAAGCUGAGAUUAUAAUUUCAAUCUUUCUAGCGCUUCCAGUUUAAUUGAAAUCCAUGGGCAAUCGGCGUUAUCAUGAAAUCGACCAUACAUGUUCAACAAAUCAACUAAACCCCGGUAAAGCGGUUCAAGAGAGCGUAAACUUACUUGUUUUUCUUUCAGCUUCUGACGAGUGAAUACAGUAAGUUAUUUUUUUUCUUUAUUGCUUGUUUCUUGUCAAACCGAACAGAUAUUUACAGUUAGAAGACUGCUGUGGCCGACAAGAAUCCAAUUACGUCAGCAUGUUAGCUUGUCACUUCCAUCUGCUCGCUUUUGACAAAUUUACAUUCAACAAUUUGCGUCAUAGAGCUGAGAUAUAUAUAUAUGGACGAAUUGUCAAAGAGUCGUUCACAUUAUUACCAGAGCCAUUUGGGCUGUUUGUGUGUCGCACAUCAUUAGGUGAAAAAAUAGUCUUUCAAGGACUCAACUGGCCAAGACUUCCUGAGAAAGCGGUCAUUUGCAAGGAUUCAAUUCAGCUUAAAAUGAGACUUGCAAGGAAAUGAAGGCUUAGAAGAACAGACGAAAUAUGUAUCAAAACGAGCAGCCAUCGUGUUCAUACCAAGUAGAUAUUCCUAAUUCGGGCGGUGGCGACUACUGCACUUUAAAACAAGUCCAGGAUACCAAGACAACAGGGAAGAAAGCCAAUAAACCAGCCACUCGAACAACACAACAAGGUGCUCAGCCCAGCAACCAUAAACAGGAAAACAACAAUGGCAACCUUUCGCCGAGGCAGAAAGUUGCACGCUCCAAAUCAACGCCCGAAAGCUUAGUGCGAGGCGGCGAGGAAGAGCCGUCCAGACAAGCGAACGGUUGCCAGCCUGGUAACAGCUCUAUUGUUAUUGCCCCAGGGAGGAGAAGUACAGGGCAUGUUAGAGCUGGAGGCAGGCGAAGUCUGGGGAGUCUUUCUAACAGGGAACCACCAGCGCCCCUUUGUUAUUUUGCUUACUUGGGCAGGCUUACCCCAACAGCCAAAGGUUCCCAGAGGGUACCCAGGAGGAACAGGCUUCCUUCCGCUCACGAUAUUUUGGCAGAUCGGCCUGUUAUCCUGACCAGCACCUCCAUUGUGUCUCCGUACGCAACCAACGUUAUUUGCCAAGAAUUUGAAGCGUUUGAAGAACGUGAAAGACGGGGGGACUUCAUGGACCUGUUGGACUGCUGCACCUGCAUGUGCUGCGUCAAGGGACUGUUCUACCACUGUACCAAAGACACUAAGGAUGAGGGGUCAAUGGAGGAGAACCCGUGCUCGUGUGAGGGACCAGUGGGCGGGUGUCUUGCCCGGUGGGGUGUGAUGGGGCUCAUGUCCGUCUUCAUGCCUUGCCUAUUGUGUUAUCUUCCGUUUGAGGCUUACUUCAAGUGUGACGACUGCGUGAGAAAGAUGAAACACAGAAAUCAACAGAAGGACGCUCACGUGCCAAGCAUAAAGUAUUCACCAAAUGACGAGCCAUCAUCAAUGUCCAUGGAUUCCAGACGUGAACUAGCGAUAUAGAAGUUCAGGCUGCAGUUCAGAAGCAGAUUUUUCGUCAGAGAAUGAAAUGAUAUUGUGACUACAGUAGGUUUUCUGAUCGGUGUUAAAUGCGUCGUUCGUCACAGAUAACCAUGGUAGGACAGAAGCGGACAUUUUGUUGCAGCGCUCUCACCUCGACUUUAGUGACGAUUUUUGUCAUUGAAAUUCAGAAAACCCGGACGAUGCAUCAAUUGAUGAAAAAGACAGUUGCAAGAUUAUUUGAGGGUCUCGAUGAGGUGGUGGCCAACGGUAAAUAUUUUGGCUUUUUACAUUUAACGGCUAAAUUUUUGGCUGGUUUUACGGUCAGUGGUUUUCCCCAUUGAAACCGUCUAGUUUCGCGAAAUUAAAAUCGAGCGGAGGCAGCCAUGGCGGAAAAAGUGCAAGCCUACCGUGAAAUAAAGUUAUUAUCUGCCCGGCGUUUUUACCUCUGACUACACACAAAAAUACUGAUGUUAAAACAAAUAAAAUUGUAACACGCAUUACUAGUACAACGGCUGACUUUUAUUUGUUCAAAAACGUACAGAUCUCCACAAAUUACACGAGCGGAUCGUGCGUGGACUUAACCGACUGACAAUGAGAUAACUUUCAACAAAGUGUAACUUUGUAAAUUUCCGGAGUAACAGCAAAGUAACCCCCAGGCAACUGUUGCCGUGCUCAACGUUGAAAGCAGAAUAUCUUGAAAGGGUUUUUUUGUGUGUGUGCAGUUGGUGUAGGUGAAAAUAUAAUCGAUCCAUAAUAUUUGCAUGCGUUUUUGUAAAUAAGUAUUAUAUAUUAGUAGCAGUCGUACGUUAUCCCGUUAACACGACCACGUGACUGGCUGAGUUUUUUUUCAUUCGGACCAAGAAAAUGGUGGUUUUAAAAUUUACUUUAAUAUAAAACAGUUUAUGAAUACGAACAAGAAUCGAACAUGAUCACGAUCGAAUAUGAUUCAGUAGCGUUGACUUCAGUACAAAAUUAGCAGAACAUAAAUAAGAUGCAGAUAUAAAUAUGUUUCAUAUACCGUUUAAUAUGCGUCCUUGAUAGAAUUUAACACUUACUUAUCAGCUGAGUAAUCAAAUAGAAAUUAAAAUAAACAUUCAGACACGA